AUGACUCAAAACCUUCUCACUGGACAAACAGCUGCUUCUGCUGACGAGACUCGCUACGCUCAGAAUCCCAAAGGCGAGAUCGUGUCCCAUUGGCAUCCGAACUUGACCAUCAACAUCGUCGCCGAUCACACGGGCUGGACGCCGGGUGCUGUGCCCUCUCCUCUGGACUCGUAUGUCGACUUCACUGACGAUGGCACCCAGUACAAACCGAUUGUGUACUUCAACACGUACUGGAACCUCGUUCGCGAAUACAGUCCGAUAAACAAGACGACGAAAUCCCUGAACCUCACGCUGACUUUCCAGCCGAUCACGCUGUUCAAGUGGCAGAUGUAUUCCGCGCAGCAAAUGCGAUCCAAGUGGAUGUCUGGCAUUGUGGGGGAUGCUUUUGGCGAAGAGGAGGAGGAGGAGGACCAGGAUUCAUUGAAGGAAGCUCUGCUGGAAACGUCGCCGUAUUUGUUGGGAAUCACGUUUGCCGUGUCCCUUUUGCACACAGUCUUCGAAUUCCUUGCGUUUAAGAACGACAUUCAAUUUUGGAAGAACAAGAAAAGCCUGGAGGGGCUCAGUGUGCGAUCAGUGUUGUUCAACCUGUUCCAAAGCGGUGUUGUGUUGCUCUACAUUUUUGACAACGACGCGAACACGAUUGUGCGGAUUUCCGUGUGCGUCGGUAUGUUGAUUGACCUGUGGAAGAUCCCGAAAGUGCUCGACAUCACUGUCGAUAGGGAGAACAAGAUCUUUGGUAUUAUCCCUCGGGUCACCUUUGCAGACAAGGGUUCUUAUGUCGAGUCGUCGACGAAGGUGUAUGACGACCUGGCUUUCAAGUACUUGUCGGUGGCCCUUUUCCCGUUGUUGGCGGGUUACGGAGUGUAUUCAUUGAUGUACAAUGAACACCGAGGCUGGUAUUCGUUUGUGCUGUCGAUGAUGUACGGAUUCCUACUCACGUUUGGAUUCAUAAUGAUGACGCCGCAGUUGUUCAUCAACUACAAGCUCAAGUCUGUCGCACAUUUGCCGUGGCGAAUGUUGACGUACAAGUUCUUGAACACGUUCAUCGACGAUAUGUUCGCGUUUGUGAUCAAGAUGCCGACGUUGUAUAGGAUCGGGUGCUUUAGGGAUGACGUGGUGUUCUGCGUGUUUUUGUACCAGAGGUACAUCUACAGGGUGGACCCAACACGGACAAACGAAUUCGGGUUCUCGAAAGAAGAACUUGAUGCUGCCGGUGACCGCGUGCGAGAUGAUAAAGUUAAAGAAAUUGAGCCCAAGAAAGAAGAAGAAAAGGAAGAAGCCGAUGUGGAGGAGGAUGAGGAAGGAGAAACGCAAACAGAAUCCUGUGAAGGGGAGGAAGAAGAUGAAGACGGGGGAGAAGGGGAUGAAGAUGAAGACGAGGGAGAAGGGGAAGAAGAAGAGGAUGGGUGGAAGUCGAAAGAAAAGAAGACUGCGAAUUUACGGAAGCGGGCGAACAAGGGAAACUAG